AUGUUUGGUCUCCGCUGUAUCGACUCUUGCGCUAUUCUUUCCGCCGUGUCUCCGUUUGGAGCACCAUCUGUGCCUGUGCUGGAACAGACCACCGAGAAAGGUCUCCAAUAUGCCAUUUAUCUUCCCCCAAACUACGACACCACCAAAUCCUACAACCUCCUGGUGCAUCUCCAUGGAGCUUGUGUACCCUACUUUUUGAUGCUACGGGAACUCAAGCUCACCGGAUAUCUCCUUCAAGAACAUUCCGUCCAGAAUCUCAUUGUUCUGGCACCUCACGAUGCCACCAAAUGGUCCCUAUGGGUGGAUGGAGACGCCGUUGACAUGGCCACACAAGUCUUUGAUGAACUGCUGCCACAAAUCCAAAACAAGUAUAACAUUCAAAAGCAGUUCCUCCAAGGAUUCAGCAUGGGAGGCUUUGGCGCUGCCGUGCAUGGACAUCGCUUUGCCGCCACUGUCAUUUGGGAUGGAGCGUUGCAUGAUUGGGAAUCUCUCUUGAAAACCAAGCUACCCUAUGCACGACAACAAUUUUCCAAAACCCCAUUUACCGUACAUCCUUACACGGGCAAACCUCCCGCCAAAUCGCUCCUCAUUGGUGGCUCCAUGCCCAGUACCAAGGCAAGGGGAGAACAAUGGCACCAGUACAUGAUGCACUCACAACGCGAAAACGUGGAACAUCAUCAAUUUGUACCAACCACAUUGGCACAUGCCUACCGAACCUUUGCACUGGCACAUUUUGACAAGGCCGUUGCACUCUGGAUGGACCACUGAUGACAGAUGCACGCCCAACUCUUUGCUUACAACAUACUGCUACAGAUAUACUGCUACCAUGAAGGGCGUGGGUCCUCGUAAACUGAAAUUUUGGUCGAAUUCCA